AUGUCGGAGGAGAAUACAACUGCACCACUGUCAAAAGACAAAGAAUCAAACCUCAUGGAAGCUGAAAAUGGAGAAGCCAAAUACACAAAGUCUAUAAACUGUUUGCAGGAGUCGGAAGCCAUCAGUUUGACUGCGAAAGGCGAAACAAUCGGACUGACGAAAGAGCAACUGGAGCAAUUUCGGAAUGAUCCAUUCUGGAAAACACUGCGGCUGACCCUGUUCGUGCUGUUUUGGUUAGCAUGGAUAGCGAUGUUCGUCGGUGCAAUUCUAAUCGUUAUACUCAGUCCGAAAUGCGUCCAGAAAAAGCAACCAGAAUGGUGGAAAACCAAAAUUAGCUAUCAGGUUUUCACACCGUCAUUCCGCGAUUCAGACGGAAAUGGAAUUGGCGAUUUCAAAGGUGUCGAAGAGAAAUUGGAUGAUUUGCGCAAAAUUGGCAUACAGAACAUUUGGUUAACACCUGUGAUAAAGACUCAAAAGGAUGACUUCAUGCCAUACGAUGUGGUUGACUUUGACACAGUGGAUGAACGUUUCGGAACGAUGCAGCAAUUCCNAGAGCUGAUCAGUGCGGUCCAUGAACACGGAAUGUAUUUCGUUAUGGAUCUGCCAAUAGCAACCACUUCAUCGCAACAUAUAUGGUUCGAAGAUGCGAAGAAAGGUGGCAAAUACAGGAAGUUUUACAUAUGGAAGAAGAAAUCUGAUGUACUGGAUGACAAGAACUAUGUUAGUGUGCCAGGUACUGACGACGUGUUCUUGGCAUAUAAUGGAAGAGAUCCGAUUUUGAACUGGGAAAACGAGGAGGUGAAAAAGGCGAUGAUUCACGUAGCGCAAAAUUAUCUGGAAGCGGGGGUUGACGGAUUCCAUUUGGCCUAUAUUCAUCAUCUGAUGAAAUCGCAAGCCACUGCACCUCAAGCGAAAGCAGCAUUGGCCGCGUUGGAGAGUUUCAAUCAAGCAUUGGAUAACUAUGUAAGUGACAGUCAAGCGUUGAAAGACAAGCAUAUAGUCGUCUUUUGUACGAUGAACGAUAUGGAGGAGGUACAGCCACGCGAUGAUGAACAACAGUACAACCUGGCGAGUAUGGAGUACGUUAUCGAUGACGGCGUUGCUCAACUUGAUUCGAGCACCUGUCAAGACGGUGUAGCGAGAUGUUUGUACAAUUCGAUUACAAAGUCAUUGCGUCAUUUCGAACGUACUCGCUUACCGCAUAUAUGGCAAUUCACGAAUUCGUUCGUUUCUCGAAAAACCUCCAGAUUUGACCAAGACACCGGUAAUCUGAUGACUUUCAUACAAAUGACGUUGCCCGGUGCUGUAGAAAUCUAUUACGGUCAAGAGAUUGGCCUCACGGAUGCGAUCAAUUCGACCAGACAAUACACUGGCUUAAUGCAAUGGGAUUCAACGCAGUAUGCCGGUUUCACUUCUGGAGCCCAGCAACCAUUUUAUACGAAUACACCCGACUAUGAAAAAUUGAAUUUCGAAACGCAAUACAAAGCAUCAGCGUCACCGUUGAAGACCUUUAAAACGUUAGCGAAGUUACGACAACGCGAUGAGAAUAUCGCAUUCGCUGCGAUGACUUUAACGCCAUUCGCUAGCGAUCUUAUCAUGUACACUCGUAUACAUCGUGUCGGAUCGGAGAAUACGAAAACUGAAGGACCUGCUUAUAUCGUUGUGAGCAAUUUCGGUGCGAUCGAUCGUCCAGUGGAUGUGAAACCACUGAUACCAGAAGACCGUUCAGCAGCCGACGUCAGUGUUGUUGCGAUGACAUCCAAUUGUGACACUUACUAUAAGAGACAACAACUCGACUUAUCGGCUCAUAAUUUGAUGAUAGGUCCGAAACAAGGCAUCCUCUUGAGAAUCUAA